ACUCCCCCCCUUGCUUGGUCUAACAUUCCACAUGUCCUGGACUGAUUAGUAGUACUGCUCUUUGCAUUCCUGACCUACGAAGCAUAUAUCCUAACUAGUGGGUUUUACGAUUAUCGCUGUUGUCGCUAGUUGCAGUAUCUAAAUCGGAACCCCUGCCCCAGUUCCAUUGACGCGCCUCCUUGACGGCAUACCCUCAACUUCUUAUCAACUUCUCGUCUCGAUCGUCAACCUACUCGUCGCCAAUUACUUCGCCGCCAACGCCGCCAACGUCUAUAUAGACAAUAGAAUAUUCCGGACAACUUUUGCCAGUGCACUGUCACAUGAUCACAAACUGGCAAAAUGUCAAAUAGUGGUGGUACUCUGACUCUGCCUUCCCCAACUCAUCCACAUCAUCACCAUGUGGAUGUCCAAGCAGGCCUAAGGACAUUAAGGCGAUCACUUUCACGCUCCCCCUCAAAAUUUUCUCUUGUUAGAACUACAUCUCAGAGCAGUUCUGACACGAGCUCCCCCUCAUCUCCGUGCAUUAGACGCGUUCAGUCCCAAUAUUUUGGACAGAACACUUCCAUUAAUUCUCCUUCUGGAAACCAACCACAUACCCAAUCGCCACUUGCAACACCAUUCCGGCCGAGUGUCAAAUUAUCAUUGCGAUCUGCGAAAUCGACAAAGAGUCCCUCUUCAGCUUCAUCAAACAAAACAAUUUCUCGGCAUCGCACAUCACCAAGAAGCCCAUCUAGAAGGGCAUUAUCUCAAGCCUCUGCCUCUGGCAAUUCGUAUCCGCCUUUAACACCAACCCCGCUACUUGAACCAGCCCUCUCCGGGCAGGAAAAUAUAAAUAUUUUCCACACCCGCAGCCCGGGUCCGCGCAAACCUGCCGAGAGAACCGCAAAUCGACAUAGUGUGCAUCUCGAUAUGACUGGAUCUUCGCAGUUUGGCGCGUCGCGUUGCGGCGACGCGAAUAAUAAUGCCACUACGACUUCUGUCACAAGCCCGCUGAAGCGAAGCGACGCGACGAGGAACAUUGACCAAACUCUUACGGGAAGUCCGAAACCCAAACGUCGCAGUUAUGGUCCAACAAGUUUGGGUGUCGACUUCAAUGUCUAUGAUCAUGGUCCCGGCUCAUCAAAUGCUGAAGCUCAAGAUGACUCUCGCGAAUAUGAUUGGACAAGCUCCAUCUCUCCAAAUGUUUCUGAGCCAUUGGCAUCUCUAGCAUCUCAUGCGGCGAUGCGCAGGGCUGGAUCUCUUCGAAAGUCUACUCUUCAGCAGCGAGAGCGAACAUCGUGGGGCAAGCGCCAUGCGGCUCAGCAAUUAUCUCAGAGCUCUGGCGAAGCUACUACUCCUCAACGAGAGCGAACCUCGUGGGGAAGACGAGGCGCACCACAGUUAGCCCAGUCUCCCAACGAGACUACUACACCUAAUGGGAAGAACCGACCGCGAUUGUCUCUUGAUCACUUCAUGCCUCCUCCCCCUCGAGAGAGUCCGUUCAAUACGCCGACUCCGCUGCCGAAUCCUUCUAUGCAUAUGCUUAACCAGCAGGCCCAGCAGGCCCAGCAACCACAGCAGCCGCAUCCAUUGUCCCGUACUAUGACGACAUCGUCUUCUAACUCAAGUCUAUCUAACGACUCACCCACGCACUUUCAAGUCCCGGUCGCUGAAAAGUCGAGGGCGCCUAUGAACUUCUCCAAGAGUUUGCCGAUUGGUACUGUUCGUCCGCAACAUUACAAGCCAAGCCAUGGUAUUGCAAGUAUUUCUACUCCUGACUACAAGCACGAAAGACCAUAUGAAGGAGCUUUCGCAUCUACCGGCUUAGUAUCAAAGAUGGUUCGCGACCCGGAGAAAGCUUCUUCUGGUAGUGCUUACGGAGCUGUUCCCGACACACCUUGUAAGAAGCCCCCUAGUGGAUUUGCCACCUAUCCGCAGUUUGUUCCUCUGUCUGGCAACGCCAAAGCUAGAGGUAGGCACAUCAAACAUACCUUCGGCUUCCCAUCAAGCCCUUUCGAUGCAGUAACACCGAACCGACCUGCAAAUCCCUUCAGCGAGCAGUCUCGACCCGUGCUCUUCGGCGGAUUUUCUAACCAUUCCCGAAAAGAAAGUCUACUCAGCUUGUACAGCGAUGAUGGACGAAGCCCUUCUGGGACACUUGGCGGUAGCGAGUCUAGUAACGAUGGAGAUUUACCGCCGACGCCCACAAAGCAGCAGACCGCGCCGCGAAGUACAAGCGGAUUGAGCCGGCUGUCUACCGAAAGCCCCACGGCCAAUCGCCGCCUUCCUGCUUUUGGAGCCAGCGCAGCUUUGCAGCAAGACCCUGCCGCUAGCUGUAAGUAUUACCUACCAAAGCGAUCCUGCAAUGGCGGAAAAGGCAGAGAGAAUAUCACCCCUAUUGAGGGUGCCUUCAACCUGCCAACCCCUGCUAUCCAGGAGACGCAAUCCAACAUCUGCCUCUCUUUGCCUUCGUUUAGUCGAUCUCGAGCUCAGCGUGGUGCGUUUUCUUCGCCUGUGCGGCUCGAGACCCGCUCAAUGACUCCUCCCGUGACGUCCCCUACCAAAGUUGAAUUUGCUAAGAGUAGCCCCGUGAUCACAGCGAGUCCUUUGGAGCGACUGGAAUUUGCAGAGAAAGCAUCCCCCCGAACCCCCCAGGGAAGCUUCGCGCCUCUUGAUGCAAGCCGCCUAUCAAUUUCUAACGCGAACGACGCGAACGACGGCUUCUUGUUCCCCGGAACUGGCGAUAGAAAUUCGCCUCUCCCGCCUGCUACCCCGACCACACGACACGAUAAUGUCCCGGCAUUCUUUGAACGACGCGCUAUUACCCCUAUUAAUGGUAUGCCUUCCCACGAUUUGGACGAGGGACUCAUGUCGCGUUUUGGAAAGGUUGAAUUCAUCGGCAAGGGUGAAUUUUCCCAAGUGUACAAGGUCACCGAAGUCGCUCAGUCCGCAAGAACGGUUCAGCCUGGCUUCUUCAGUACACCUACCCACCGGACAGCCUCCCCCCCGCCUACUAAGGUGUAUGCUGUCAAGAAGCUCACGCUUCCGAUUCAAGGCAACAAGGAUCGAGCCCUUCGAUUCCGCGAAGUAUCUGUAUUGGAAACCCUGAAAGGUUGCGAUCAUGUCCUGCAGCUCGUUAACAGCUGGGAAGACAGCAGCUGUCUCUAUAUUCAGACUGAGUAUUGCGAAGAGGGAAGUCUUCAUGAAUUCUUGUCUUUUGUCGGCUUGAAGGGACGACUCGAUGAUUUCAGAAUCUGGAAGAUUAUGCUUGAGAUUGGCAAGGGUUUGAAACAUAUUCACGAUGCUGGUUAUAUCCAUCUGGAUCUGAAACCUGCCAAUAUCUUUAUCAACUUCGAAGGCGCUCUGAAGAUUGGCGAUUUCGGUUUAACGACAGCUUUGCCGAUAGAGAAGGGACCCGAUCUAGAGGGAGAUCGCGAGUACUUGGCGCCCGAGGCUCUUCGAGGAGAGAUUGGCACGCCUACCGAUAUAUUUUCAUUCGGCCUGAUCAUGCUGGAAAUCGCAGCCAACGUCAAACUGCCUGAGAAUGGAACAACUUGGGCUGGGUUGAGAGAGGGCGACUUCUCCGAGGUUCCCACCCUUACUCAGGAAGCGGGUGCCAUUGUGCGGGAUGCUAAUGGCAUGCCGCUUGAUGAUAGUGAUCGCAGCGUCGGUCUAUUUGGAGAUGAUCGUGCUACGCCUGCUGGGCGCCGCAGCUAUAACUUCCGUAAUACCACGCGCCAAUCGGCAGACAUUUUCGGCCUGGGUCGCAAGAGCGAACUACAGCAUCCUCCGGAUUUCAUGAAGGACCCUGAUCACCCUAACUCCCUUGAUAUAGUUGUGAAGUUGAUGCUCACACCGGAUCCCAUGAUGCGUCCUACAAUUUCCCAAUUGCUUGAUCUUGAAGCAGCAAACUGGGUCGCAUCACGUCAACGAGCUGCCGCGACGGUCUUUGAAGGAAAUUGGGGUCCUGCUGACGAAGUUUCGGUUCCCAUCUCACUGGAUACAGAGAUGACUGACGUCUAAAUGUCUCGCUCGAACUAUUCGACUGAUUUCAUGAGACUGGCCGAAUCUUGCUCGACCUGGCAUAGAACUGGAUAUGGAGUUGCAUUUGCCAUAGUGGUGGGUGUUGGUUUGCCUUGCGUAUAUCGGCCGACUUGGCUGGAUAUGUAGAGGCUGUCAUAAGGUUUCUGGCGUUUGACCCAGGGAUAUUCGAGCACAACUGGAGAUGGAUGGCGUGCCUGAGUUUUGCGUCUUGAACGAUGCACAAUUUGGUUCUAUUUCGAGCCGUAAUUGCGAUACGAUAUCUAUACUGUAUUUGCUUUGGCGAAU